AUGAAAAGGAUUCAUAUGAAUAACAAGAAAUUUGAAAUAUUGUUGGAGCAAAACAUCCAUAAAUGGAAUCCAAAAAUGACUAGCGACAUCUGGAGGUCAUUUCACUACACGAAUAAGAAUACUUGA